AUGCCAGCCAUUCUAGAAGACCCUUCCUCCCACAAUCCCCCACCCGAAGCACACACCCAAGCUGCAGGCUCUCUAAAAGCCCGGCACACAACGCUACCCAAGGCCGCAGGGGCAGGAAUGACUCUGUACCCGAUCACCGGUGGGCCGUCCAGCGUUCCAAAGGACCUCAUCAAGUUCCUGCACGCCGAGUUCAGCGCGGAGAUCGAGCGCGGCUCGACUUAUCCCAUGGAACAGCCUAUGGCUCUGGAGCAGUUUGCUAGCUACUGGUUUGGUACGUUUUGUGUUCUGGCUGUGCUGGAUGAGGAGGGGGUUGAGGGCUUGGAGGAGGGCAGGGAGUGGGAAAGGGUUUGUUUGGGAACUUUUUAUAUCAAGCCGAAUUAUCCUGGCCGCUGCUCGCACAUCUGCAACGCAGGAUUCAUCACUACCACCGCUGCGCGUGGCAAGGGCGUCGGACAGGCGAUGGGUGAGACGUACCUGGAGUUUGCGCCUAAGUUGGGAUACAAGUACUCUGUCUUUAACCUGGUCUUCGCCAACAACCCGGCCUCCAUCCGCAUUUGGGAGAAGCUGGGCUUCAGCGUCAUCGGCCGGGUACCGAAGGCGGCUCGGCUGGCGAACAGCGAGGACUUGGUCGACGCCUUGAUCUUCGGACGGGAGCUGGGCAAUUAA